AUGGAAAGUGCGGAUGUAGUGCAGGAUGUGGACAUAGAUAUUCUUAUAUCAUUAGUAGAAGCAAGACCCGUAAUCUGGGACAAAACAAGAGAUGUUUAUAAAGACAGAAACGAUACAAGAAAUGCCUGGAAGGAAAUAUUUUUAGAAUUAAGACCGGAUUUUGAAGAGUUGGAGGCCACAGAAAAAACAGCUUUGGUAAGUAAAAAAGUCAUGAAGAAAUGGACUAAUGUUAGGGAUACGUUCAAAAAAUCUAUGAAAAAACAAAAGAGCGCUUCAAGGUCAGGGGCUGGAGCAACAACUAUAAAAGCGUACAUUUAUAAUGACCACUUGAAAUUUCUAAAUAAAAUAUUGACUGAUCGUAAAACCGAAAAUAGUUUAAAAUCAAAUACUAGCCAAUCAGAUAAAUCAGAUGAGGAAGAAGAAACUCUGGAAACUAAUAUGCCUGAAGAUAAUGCAUUAAACAACAAAGUUGCUAAGACAGGACCACCGAAAAAACGCAAAAUGGAUUCCGUUGAAUUAGAAAUGAUGAAAGCCCUGAAAGAAACACCCGACCGCCAUUUGUGUUUCUUUUUUAAGGCAUAA